CCAGGUCCUUAUGGGAGCGGGACUGAGUCAAGGCGGCAAAUUGCGUUGUUGAAAAACAUGCUUCAUUUCAUCAGCUGAACAUAUGAACACGUUUGGAAGGGACUGGUCCAUCGCGCACGGCUUUCCAGACGUUUAUCGCGUGGCUGUUGUAUAAUUGUUGUUUGUUUGGGUUUUUUUUACACAUAACGCGUAAUCGCACCUGACUGGUGCCGGCAUGCUGUUAGACUGCAAGGUUUUUAUAGGGACCGGGUGCUUAAAGACUGGGACUUACUUUGGCCUCAGCACAGGACGACAUAUCAGAUACAAAACUGCUCAAAACUUAAUAUUGGAUUUUAACGUAUUUUUUAUAAGCUACUAUUACUGCAGAUAAGUGGGUCAAAGGUUUGCUUGCUUAUCAGAGCCCCAUUGCAAUAAUUCACCUUUAUUCCAUACAAGACAGAAGAUGAGGCUCUCUGUAAUUGUCGGUUGCAACCUGGCAUUCAUCUUUGUCGACAUAGUGGUCACCACAGUGCUGUACGUCCAGGGAUCUAGCCUGGAGGUGUUUGAGGAUGACGUCAAAAACUUCGACGUGCGCCACUCGCUCCUGGACCUGUGGGGGACGCUCCUCCUGCGGGUGUGCCUGCUCCUGGGGGCGUCUAUCGGGGUGCUCUGGAACCGGAGGGACGGGCCGCGGCGUGUGGCCCGCCUGCGUCUGCUGGCAACGUUCACCAGUCUGGUGGUCCUCAGCUAUGCACUGGUCAAGCUGCUGGUGCUGUCGGAGCAGGGCGCGUUGGCGCGUGAGCCCUGGUUCCUCGCCCUGCUCGCCUGGACGUGCGGGGCCGCAGUCACCGCGCCGCUCCUCUGGAGGCUGCUGGCGAGGGCACGGGGCGACGAGGUGGCUGGCGAGGAGAGUGAAAGGCUGGUGGACGGAGAGAGAGAGGGGGAGGCGGGGAGGGAGGAGGAGGAGCCCAAGGAGAAGUGCCAAACAGCGGGCAAGGGCGCGAGGCGGCAGCCGAACUCGGGGGCCACUGUUGGCCGACUCCUUUCCUACUGUAAGCAGGACUCGGCGCUGCUGACCACAGCUUUCUUCUUCCUCCUGCUCUCUGCUGUGUGUGAAGCCUUUAUCCCGUAUUACACCGGCAAAGCCAUAGACGGCAUAGUGAUGCACAAGAGUAUGGAAUACUUUGCCAAGCCCAUGAUCAUCCUCACCGUGCUGGCCCUGGUCAGCUCCGUAGCCAUCGGGGUCCGCGGAGGCGUGUUCGCGCUGACGUUCGCCAGGCUCAGCAUACGACUGCGGAACCUCCUCUUCAGGUCGCUGGUGCACCAGGAGAUCGCCUUCUUCGACACCAACCACACAGGUGACAUCACGUCACGGCUGACGUCGGACACGACACAGGUGAGCGACCUGAUCUCGCAGAAUGUCAACCUGUUCCUGCGUAGCUUCAUCAAGGGUGCCGGCUACUUUAUCUUCAUGUUCGGAAUGUCCUGGAAGCUCUCCCUGGUCAUCAUCAUGGGUUUCCCCUACAUCGCUGUUAUCUCCCAGCUCUAUGGCGAGCAUUACAAGAAAUUAACCAAAGAGGUGCAGGCCUCGCUGGCCCAUGCCAACAGGGUUGCCGAGGAGACCAUCUCGGCCAUGCGCACGGUCCGCAGCUUCGCCUGCGAGGAGCAGGAGGCUGACGGCUACCACCGCCGGCUGCUAGACGUCUUCAGGCUCAACAAGAAACAGGCCCUGGCCUAUGCCUGCUUCAUGUGGUCCAGCUGUAUUUCGGAGCUGGCUUUGCAGGUGGCUAUCCUGUUUUACGGCGGACACCUGGUGGUGACGGGCCAGAUAACAGGGGGGACCCUCAUUUCUUUCAUCAUCUAUGAGCUUGAACUCGGCGAAUGUCUUGAGAGCAUCGCAUCCGUCUACACAGGCCUGAUGCAGGGUGUGGGGGCGGCCGAGAAGGUGUUCGAGUACAUCGACAGGAAGCCCAGACAUGCUCCCGAUGGCCUGGAAGCGCCAGACACCCUCCGUGGUCUGGUGGAGUUCCAUGAUGUGACAUUUGCCUACCCCACACGUCCAGACACUGAUGUCCUGAAGAGCGUCUCCUUCAGCAUUCACCCGGGCGAGGUGACAGCCUUGGUGGGUCCCUCGGGCAGCGGUAAGAGCUCCUGCGUGUGUCUGCUGGAGAACUUCUACUCCCCAAUGCAGGGCCAGGUGCUACUGGAUGGGCGGCCGGUUCAAAGCUACCAGCACGACUACCUUCACUCCAAGGUAGCGCUGGUCAGCCAGGAGCCCGUCCUGUUUGCUCGCUCGGUGCAGAAGAACAUCUCCUACGGUCUGACAGACGCUCCGAUGGAAGCUGUCGUUGCCGCGGCCACCAAAGCCAACGCUCACGAGUUCAUCUGCGGUCUCUCCAAGGGCUACGACACGGGUGUGGGGGAGAAGGGAUCCCAGCUGUCUGGAGGCCAGAAACAGAGGGUGGCCAUUGCACGCGCCCUCAUCCGGCAGCCCUGUGUGCUCGUGCUGGACGAGGCCACCAGUGCGCUGGAUGCCGAGAGCGAGCAUGUGGUCCAGCAGGCACUGAACGGUGCGAUGGAGAACUGCACGGUGCUGGUGAUCGCCCAUCGGCUGAGCACAGUGGAGAGGGCCGAUCGCAUCGUCGUGCUGCAGCGGGGCUCUGUGGCAGAGCAGGGCCGGCAUGCUGAGCUCCUGGCCCGUCGCGGCAUCUACUACAGGCUGGUCCAGAGGCAGGCGCUGAGGCUGGAGGGCGGGGCCACAGACGAAGUGCCCCGCCCACCCGGGGCGCCGCCUCCCCAAAGCCGGGAGGAGGACGAGGAGUUUAGUGAGGGGGAGGGUGGUGAGGCUGGACACAGGGCCACAUAUUGAUGUGAGUUCGGCAUGGCCUUCUCUGCGCCAGCCGUUGCUUUGGAAUUAGGAUAAUCGCACUGUUAAGUACAAUAAUUGCAAUCGCGAUACCUGUGAGAUUACUGAUUACUGGAUUUGCUGGAAUCUUUAAGAUCAAGAGGAAGUUGUCCUCUUGGAGGGGAACAAGCAUGGGAAGAUUUUUAUUUGUCACACACGCACACACAGACAAACACAUGCACACAUUUCUUUGUUCUUUAAAAAAGGUCAAAUCCUUUAAUAUGAAACAAAGAUGUGUUGGGUUUAAGGGUCUAGUUAACCAGGUGGAUUAGCACUCUGUUGUAGAAUGCCACGCAGUGCUAUGGUGACUGCACUACUUCACAUAUCAGUACACAAACGCAUUGCACCACAGUUUGAAUCUGAAGGAAAUAAAGAACUAUGAGAAAUGCCUCAAGACUCCAAGAUGUCUGUUUGCAAUAAUAAUGUGUCAAUUCAGAUGUUUUUUCUUAUUUAACUUUGGAAAUGAACAAAGAUGAAGAAAUAAAGAAUGUAAUCCAAAUGUAUCAAAGUGAGAUUUUUUAUCAGAAGCAAUAUUUUCCACUUACCAGCUACUUUGACAUUUAUUUACUGAAAUGUAUUUAAUAAAAACACCUUAUAGAUGGCGAGUA